CUUUUUUUUUUAAAUUGACCUGACAAAUCCUUGAUCGGAGACAAUGACCUAUAUACGGGUAUAAUAAUAGAUUUCUCCAUGGCUGAAUGAGGAAGUUUAUUGUGUAGGUGUAUAAAAUUUUUUCCGGUUACACCUGUUUUUUAGCCAAACAUGGCUGACUGGAAAAAGGCUUUUAGAGCAAACAGAACUCAAAUUGUGAAGAACUUAGCCAACCCAGACGAUGUAGCUGGCUAUCUUUUUAGCGAUAGCAUAUUUACAGAGGAAAUGCGAGAUGCGGUACAGCAAGAACCUGAGACAGAAAAUAAAAAUAGGUUAAUCUUGGACACUCUGGAUAGACGCGGUCCACGUAGUGUAAAGUGUCUUUACAAUGCGUUCCAAGAAACUCUGAAUGAUGACUUGGCAGAUCUGUUAGCUGACUAUGCUAAACUUAUCGAUAGCAAAGAAAAUUUGAACGACCCUAAAGCAUGGCCACCAGCCAAAGACGAACAAGCAGCAAUGACAAAGCACAGAGUAUUUAAAAUUAAAGACAAAAAGAGUCCGCUAAUGCAUGAAUAUAGCAAAGAUGAUGUUUAUAAAAUUCAUGGGGAAACACGUGGAAAAGUGUUCAUGAUCAAUAAUACAUUUUCACAUACGAAACAUGCAGAAACACAGAAAAGAGAAGGCACAAGUGUCGAUGUACAAAAUCUUACAGAGUUAUUCCAAAAAUUGCAUUUUGAAGUUGUACUAAAGACUGAUUUAAAAGCAGAGGAAAUGGUUAAAUGUUUAGAAAAAGAACGAGACAGUAUUGCUGACUGGGAUAAAAUUGAGUGUGUGGUUCUUAUUCUAAUGAGUCAUGGAAAGGGUGAAUGUAUUUUCAGAGAUGACAAUAUACCAGUUAAACUUACAGAUAUCACAGCUGUGUUUGAUUCAAAUCAUUGUAAAGGUUUAGACGAAAAACCAAGAUUGGUAUUUGUGCAAGCUUGUCGAGAAGUAGAAACACCUGGAGAACAGCUUUCAAAGGUAUGUUUUAAAAUGGAAAAGCAGAAACUUCAAUCUAAUAAACCUGGUGGCCAAGAUCAAGUCGAUGCAUCACCAUCAAAGGAUGAACACACAUCACAAGUAAAACAUCCUGCAGCAGACUUUUUAGUAGUGUACGCAACACCGGCAGGGACACUUUCAUCUUUGAAUAUUGACACUGGAUCUUGGUUCCUAAAUGCAGUGGUCUGGACAUUCAAAUACCAUGCUAUACAUGAAGAAUUGCACCAUUUGCUUCUUAGAGUAAACAGAUUAGUUGCAAAAGGCAAAGAUCCAGAAGUACUUGGUCAGAAAUUGACCGUAUCGGAGGUUAAGUCAACCCUAAGGAAGACAUUUACUUCUUUCCGGGUGUUUAUGGAGACUCUCCUCGGUUGUUUAAGGACUAAAUGAAAUACACAAUUUGGGUGGCUUAUUAAAGAUGACAGUGGUGUAAAGAAAUUAUGCGGUUUUGCAGAUUUUGAAAUGUAAUCAAUAUGAAGAUAAAUAUACCAAUAUAAUUAUAACUAUAUAUUUUCUAAAUAUCUAUUAUGUCUAUGAGACAUUUCAUUAGACACCCCUGCAACAUAUCAUAUUUAUUAUAUACUUAGUAGUAAAUACAGGUAAAUUGUAUGUGUAAUACAAUUGAUGACAAUCGUGCUGUAUCAGCCAUCCGUGAUGAUAUCGAUAUCAGUCACGGUUAAAAAGGCAUUAUCAAACCCCUAAUCUGUAUGACGUCACGUAAUCGAUAUUAGUCACGGUUACCAAAGUUUUAUCAAACCCCUAAUUUGUAUUACGUCAUGUCUCGUGAAAAAUACAUAAGAAAGAUUAGUUAUACUUGAGGUACAUGUAUAUAAUAAAGUAUAUAUGAUAUGGCUUUUUCAAUAUCACACACCGUAUUAACCCUCAACCAACAUAAUCCCUCGAGCAGAGCUCUUGGGAUUAUAUUGGUGUCUCGGGUUGAUACAAGUGUGAUAUGUACUACUUUCCAGUAUGUUCUUUCUUGACUGGGCCCGAUUGGGUGGUGUUACAUCUUACAAAGUCUAUCCAAAUUAUUUUUGCAAAGAAUUCCGCUUAAGCCGGUGCUAGGGGCCGUCUUAAACUUGCAGUGAGGUGAGAGUUUUUUUGCUAAGUGUUGAGGUCUCACUGUGACUUUCAGAUGAAGAACAGCAAUGAAAGCGCUAUUCCUUUGCCUUUUGUAUGUCUUUAUGUUGUGCAUUUACUGAUUUUGUGUCAUGGAUGGAUACCCCAUAUCUUUUGUUUUUCUAUUAUAUAAUUCUCUAUAUAUCAUAUCGAGAUUUCAUGCGCUUUGGAUGGAUAAGUAUCUAUAGAACAAAUUAAACAAGGAACCCACGUGGUUUUGAGAGA